AUGUCUUACCAAGAGCAGCAGUGCAAGCAGGCUUGCCAGCCUCCUCCUGUGUGCCCACACCCAAAGUGCCCAGAGCCUUGUCCUCUGCCUAAGUGCCCUGAGCCUUGUCCUCCCACAAAGUGCCCAGAGCCCUGUCCUCCGUCAAAGUGCCCUGAGCCAUGCCCCCCACAGUCAUGCCAGCAGAAAUGCCCUCCUGUGCAACCUCCGCAGCCAUGCCAGCAGAAAUGCCCACCCAAGAGCAAAUAA